UAAUAGGAUUCUUUUUCAGUUGUUUUUCUUUUUGGCUCUCCGCCAAAAACAAACAAAACAACUGCAUUCAAAGGAGGGGGGCUUCCUCCUCCUCCUCCUUCUCCUUCAUCACCCAUCACGGGUUGCUACAAAACAAUGUGUUCUUAACACAUCUUUAAACCUUUCCAAGUUCCAUUUUUUAUUACUUUUUAUAGAUACCAAACACACAAAAACAUAACCCUUUUGCCAGUUCUUUUCUUUUCUUUAGAAAUAACUAACUUGUUCCGUUUUGUGUUUUGAGUUUUUCAUAUGGGGUGUAACAACGAAAGCAGAGUACCGAAGGUCUCUGUUUUUCUCUGCAUCUCAUUGUGCUAUGCAAUUGUUUUGCUGAGUUCUGACAGAGUGGAAGGGCAAACAACAUCUGCAGUUUUUGCAUGCGAUGUUUCAAAGGACCCUUCUUUGUCUGCUUAUGGAUUCUGCAACAAGUCAUUGUCGGUGGAAGAGAGAGUAAGCGACCUUGUGAAGAGGCUCACACUGCAAGAGAAGAUCGGGAACCUGGUGAAUUCUGCUGUUGCCGUUAGCAGGCUUGGGAUUCCCAAGUAUGAAUGGUGGUCUGAGGCUCUUCAUGGCGUCUCCGACGUCGGCCCCGGCACACGUUUUUCCACUCUUGUUCCGGCAGCCACCAGUUUUCCCAUGCCUAUUCUCACAGCAGCUUCUUUCAACACUUCACUCUUUCAAGCCAUUGGAAAAGUGGUUUCAACAGAAGCAAGGGCAAUGUACAAUGUGGGGUUGGCUGGAUUAACAUAUUGGUCACCAAACAUUAACAUUUUCAGGGAUCCGAGGUGGGGACGUGGACAAGAGACGCCAGGGGAGGACCCUUUGUUGAGUAGCAAAUACGCCGUAGGAUACGUUAAAGGUCUGCAACAAACUGAUGAUGGUGACCCCAACAAGCUCAAGGUUGCUGCUUGUUGCAAGCACUACACAGCCUAUGAUUUGGAUAACUGGAAAGGCAUUCAGCGUUACACUUUUAAUGCUGUGGUGACACAACAAGAUUUGGAUGACACAUUUCAACCUCCAUUUAAGAGUUGUGUAAUUGAUGGGAAUGUGGCUAGUGUCAUGUGUUCCUACAAUCAGGUUAAUGGAAAACCAACAUGUGCUGAUCCAGACCUACUUAAAGGGAUCAUCCGUGGCCAAUGGAAAUUAAAUGGAUAUAUAGUUUCUGAUUGUGAUUCAGUAGAAGUGCUUUACAAAGAUCAGCACUACACUAGCACUCCUGAAGAAGCUGCGGCCGAAACCAUUCUAGCAGGAUUGGAUUUGGACUGUGGAAAUUAUCUUGGCCAAUACACAGAAGGGGCUAUCAAGCAAGGGCUCUUGAAUGAAUCAGCCAUUGACAACGCUGUCACCAACAAUUUCGCCAUGUUGAUGCGCCUUGGUUUCUUUGAUGGUGAUCCAAGCAAGCAACCUUAUGGAAGCCUUGGUCCAACGGAUGUCUGUACAUCACAGAACCAGGAGCUAGCUCGCGAAGCUGCAAGGCAAGGGAUUGUGUUGCUUAAAAAUAGUCCAGGAGGGCUGCCUCUCGAUGCCAAAGCCAUUAAAUCAUUGGCAGUUAUAGGGCCAAAUGCUAAUGCUACUAGGGUCAUGAUUGGAAACUAUCAAGGCAUCCCUUGCAACUAUAUAUCACCUUUGCAAGGCCUAACAGCUUUGGUUCCUAUAACCUAUGCUCCGGGUUGUCCUGAUGUGGCAUGUUCAAAUGCUGAUCUAGAUGAUGCCACACAAAUUGCAGCCUCUGCAGAUGCAACUGUCAUUGUAGUUGGUGCAAGUCUAGCCAUAGAAGCAGAAAGUCUUGAUAGAGUUAACAUUCUUCUUCCUGGGCAGCAACAACUUCUAGUGAGUGCAGUUGCUAAUGCAUCCAAGGGACCUGUGAUUCUUGCCAUAAUGUCUGGAGGGGGAAUGGACGUGUCGUUUGCAAAAUCAAAUGAUAAAAUUGCCAGCAUCUUGUGGGUUGGCUAUCCCGGCGAAGCCGGUGGAGCAGCCAUUGCUGAUGUGAUUUUUGGUUUUCAUAAUCCAAGUGGAAGACUCCCAAUGACGUGGUAUCCUCAAUCAUAUGUAGAUAAGGUACCAAUGACCAACAUGAACAUGAGAGCAGAUCCUGCAACGGGUUACCCCGGUCGAACAUAUAGAUUUUACAAAGGGGAAACUGUUUUCGCAUUUGGAGAUGGACUUAGCUUCUCAAGUAUAGAGCAUAGAAUAGUGAAGGCGCCGCAGUUGGUUUCAUUUCCAUUAGCAGAAGAUCAUGUGUGUCGUUCCUUGGAAUGCAAGUCUCUUGAAGUUGCUGAUGAGCAUUGUCAAAACUUGGCCUUUGAUAUUCACAUUGGAGUCAAGAACAUGGGGAAACUGAGUAGUAGCCAUACAGUGUUAUUGUUCCUUACACCACCUAAUGUGCACAAUGCACCUCAGAAACACUUGUUGAAUUUUGAGAAAGUGCACUUGCCAGGGAAAUCAGAAGCACUGGUAAGGUUCAUGGUAGAUGUUUGCAAGGAUUUAAGCGUUGUUGAUGAACUUGGCAUUAGGAAAGUACCCUUAGGACAACAUCUGCUUCAUGUGGGAAAUUUGAAGCAUCAAUUGAGUGUGAGGAUUUGAAACAAGUCAUCAAAUCCUUUCCACUGAUUUUUUCUUAAUUUUUUUUCUCCUUUUUCAUUGUUUGGUUUCCUUUGAAAAGAAGUUUUCUCAAUAGGAGACCAGUUUGAGGUAACUGAAACAAAUUUUACUGAUUUGUACUAUGUAUUCACAUCAAAAUAUUCAAGCUUUUUACUA